AUGGCAAGGGAUCAAAAAGAACCUGUGUAUUUGGCGCUAUGGCCGGCGGUCGAGGACGGAGUCCCGUUGCCAGCCUUGCUACUUGUAUUCGCCUUUCUCGUCUGUCUUGGCUUGAUACUCAACGUUUUCGUCAUCUACCGGAUGAGUCGGCUUUUACGAAGAAAUCGCGAUCAGGCGAGUCAUACUCGAUAAAAUAGCCUAGUUGUGAGCCUACAGCUAGCCAUCACAAAAGUUUUAGUGGAAUAUCGGAAUAAUCGCGUCAAAGUUAUAAAAAAUUAAACGCGAGGCCUUGUGCUACCAUCAGCCAGCAAUUCUCAGAUAAUAAUAAAUUCUUCUCAGGUCGAGUUUUGAACAGAACUUUUGCGACUAAUUUUCACCAAAAGAAAAAAAAAAGAAUCAUAUAGGAAAUUUCGAAACGUUUCCAAUGGAACAUAAUCUUUAAUCCAAUUCUUUCUAGUUUUUCAAUGGGACCGGCGUCUACCUAAUGGCGAUGGCGAUUUGCGAUAUUGCCUCCUUGCUUCUAUCGUACCUGCAGCUCUCGAUAAUGCUCAUGUCCGACAGCAUGUCUCCCAACGGCUUGACAUUUUUGUGCAAAGUUGGUCAUUUUUUUCAAUUUUCACAUAUUCAUUUAUUGUUUGAAGAUGUCCGAAUUUUUGGCGCGCUGCUCUUAUUCGUUCAGCAUGUACUGUUGGCUGUUCAUGUCGGCUUUACGUUAUUUGGCAGCGUGCCAACCGCUGAGGUACUCGACGGUGUGGAGGAGCCCGUGGACGGCAUUGAGCGCCGUUGCCGCCGUCACUCUUGUCCUCAAUCUUCAUACCUUGGUGUCUAUCACCGGAAAUUUCAACCACGGCUGCGUCUUGCACAUGGAUGUGAGUUGACGGCUUUCUCCUAGCACUCAACGGGAGAGUUAACAUUUUUUUUGAAAAAAUUGAUUAUCUGGCUCAUUGGUUUUGUACAUUCAAAAUUUGGAAAGCCUUGAGUUUGAAUUAUGGUCGAUCCUCUCCGUUCUGAAAGGCGAGAUGGGUAGAUCAUUCCGUACGCGACCUGGUUUUUGGCGGCAAACUCGGAUUCCAAAUGGAGCCUACUUAUUCUUCAUGUUUUUUUCCCUCAACCUCACCAUUCUGCCCAUCUUGCCUUUCAAGUCGGGAAAAAUUUUCUAUAACAGGGAAUUACUCCUAUUUCACAAUUUCUGGGGCAGUUAAAGUCUGGAAUGAUAGAUGAAAUGAAGUUAUUGAGAUAAUCGUAGAAAAAAAAAAUUAAGUAACAACUUUCAGGCACUCUCAACGUUGUAUAGCGUCGCCGAUGUGAUCCUUUCGGCUGGUUUCUCAUCUCUUUUCAUUCUAGCUCUCGACAUACAAGUUCUCUGUUGUCGGAGCAACCGUAAAAACUCGGAUCCGCUCCUACAGACUGUUUUCCACAAGCUCGAAGAAGAUGCUGCCAAUGUUUGUUCUAUAUAUCCUCGGAUUUUUCGUUAAGAAAGAAAUUUCAUCAACAAACUUGCGAAAUUCAAAAAUGAUUGUUUACUAAUAUUCGUUAGCUUUUUCGCUUUCUGAAGGUAGUUUCUAACAACUUCUAAAAAAUAGAUUUGAACUCGGUAUCAUAAUCGGAUGUCACUUAACUUGACGGUUUUUUGAUGGAUCUCUGUAGGCGAACCGAGAAAGGUAUCGCGAUACCCUUUGAGGUAUAUCGCAGGCUCUGAAGAGAGGAUGGUAUAGUCUGUUCAGAUUUCAAAUGUCAAGUCCUCGCUGAAGCUCCGCCCCCUAAUGGCGCGAAAAACCAAUCAGAGAGCGAGCCAUCCACAGAGCGUUUUCAAAUGACAUCAUUCCACUUUACAUUCAAAAUCUGAACAGACUAUACCUCGAGUAUACCUCUGAGAACUUUGAUCAAAAUGAGAUAGACUCGAGGUAGACUUUAAAACUUGAGGGAGAAAAUUCCAAGUCGCCAAUUAAAAUUACCUUCUUGUGGGCCAAUUUGUGUUAAACGCAAACUUUAAAAAUUAAUAUCUCAGAAACUAGAAGUUUGCGCAGGUAACGAUUAUGAGAGAUCUUCAUCUAGACAUUCAGAGUGUUUGAGCAAACUCGUAGAAAAUUCAAAUCGUCAAGUAAAAUAACUUCCCGUGUUAGGAAUUGCAGAAACGAAUCACGAUGAGAUGGUUUAUGAUGAUAACACUGGUCGCCCUCAUGCUAUGCCUGCCAGAAGGCGUUCUACGAUGUUUCCGACUACUACUCUCCGAUGAAAAUAAACCAUUUUUUCAACCGCUUUUCUACUUGGUGAAGACUUUUUUUCUAACCAAGGUUGGAGUCUAAUCGUGAAUGAACAAAACAUUAUUUGCAGUUCUCGUUCAACUCCUUUUAUUUGUCAUCUUUUGUAUUCGACCGAAACGUUCUGUCGAAGGCGUCUUCGUCGCGACACUUGUCAGUGUCAGCUCGGCGACUCGAAGAAGAGCCGGCAAUAGUUCCCAGGGAGCGAAGUCGAACGCUUUCAUGUCGCGGCCCCUCGCCGCUACCUCAGCUAACCCGCAACUCAUCGUGCAUACUACUUGAUACUAUAACGUUGAAACAUUACUCACCGCCUUGGGUGUGA